CUGUUUUUUGAGGUUAUAUGUUAACUCUUUGAUGUUUACAAAUAAAUAAUUAUUUUUAAAAUUGAUUAAGAAAUCAGUAAUCAGACCUUGAUACUAAAAUUAACUAUUACCGCAUGCCUCCAUGAUCUUCCAAGCACAUAGAAAAAUGGAUCACAGGUCCCCCUUAGAAACCAUCUUCGGGGUGAUCGGUAGCCUUCCCCAAGGGCAAGACAAACCGGUAAAACAAGCAGUUUUUAACGCAGUGGCCCUGUUUUUAUUAUUCUUAUGCUGUGCCGCAGCAUUCGGGUUGUACUGGAUAUUGGAGCCAUUUGUAAAGCCCUUAAUGUGGGCAAUAUUGGUUGGAUCAGCCCUGCAUCCGUUAAAACGAUCCUUAAGGGAUAGAUUUCAAAGCUGGUUUCAAAUGCUUGAGGACACAAAUACACCUGCAGUCUUAGGGUUGGUUUUACUGCCAAUAAAUAUUUUUAAUGAUGUCUCUGAGAUUAUUGGGGAGUUCCUUUAUGCAAGGAUUAAACUUAUAUUGACUAUAACUGUUGUAAUACCUCUUGCUGUACUGAUUUAUAAUUUUACCCCAACUGUGGUGAUUUCAGUAUUAUCGACCAGUGCUAUUUGGGUUUAUAGGAGUCUGAAUUUUGUGAUAAGUAACUGUACAUUGACUCUGGUCUCUAUCAUUUUAUUAGGUUAUAUUUCUAUAGUUUUCUUGUGUUGGACACAAGAAAAUAAUGUUCAUUUUCACUAUGCUUCUACAGUGGUUUGGCUACUGGGCUCUUGUUGCUUAUCUAGUCAAUUUGGCAGCAUUCAGAUGCCAGUCUUUAUUAUUCUACAAAUUGUGUUUUUUGGUGGAUUUAUAUCUGAGGUCUAUGAAGCAUAUUCUACUAUGAAUGAAGCAGGUCAUAAAAUAUCAUUCACUGAACUGCUCUCUAUAGCCUUCCAUGACAAACCCUUAGAUUUAGACAUUAGUGAUGACUUUGAAGAUAAAAUAGAGCCUCUGGAAACUGAUGCCAAAGAUUCUUCAAUUGAGCCAAAAUCCUCUACUCCACAAGUGAAAUUUAAGGAUCCAUUAGAUGAUCCUGUAACUAAUGAUGCCAAAGGUGACACAGCAAGCCUCUCCAGAAUAGAAUCUCCCUCAGGGUCAGAGGACCCUUGGACUCUGGAACUUUUCAGUGAUUCCAAACAAACUGCACAAAUUGAGAGUCCAGAGCCUGCCACUGGGGUACUUAUUACCAAUCAUGGAAUCCAUUUGGUUCAGACUCCUGCCAAAAGUAAAAAGAAAAUGAGACCCACAUUUCAGAGAUCUUUGAGCCAACCUCAGUUCAUGUCAGGCAGGUUUAAAACCUCGAAUUUAUCAAAUAUUAGCAGGAAGAUAAGUUUGAAGAACUCCAACCCAAAAUUGGAAAGUAAUGUUACUUAUGAAAGUACUUUUUACUUAUAUUCAGUUAUGUGGCUCUGCCUGGUAAUGCUGUUUUGGAAAAACAUAAUGCUUAUGCCCUUACUGCCCUUGCCAAUACUCUACUACAUAAUAAAACAUUUGGGCACCUACUUGGGUGUUUGGCAUUAUAUUUUUGAGAAAUCUUGUGAUAUUUUCGAUAAAGUAAGUGACUGGUGCGUUGAGAGGCAUGAUGCUUUAGUUCCAGUUCCUAUAAGGGGAUUGUAUAAGUUUGUACAUAAGAUAAAUGUUACAGCAAAGGGUUGUAUCAAGGGCAGUAUCGACACAGUUGCUAGCAUUGUCGUUAUUGUUGGAUUAAUUAUCUUUUUGAUUACUGCCUCUAUAUUUACUGCUAUUCAGAUUUAUGCUGAAGCUAUAUUGCUUUUGCAAAUGAUAUCCAAUGCCAUAAACCAAACAGUGGUACAAAAUCCAGAGUUGCACCAACUUUUACCACCAACUUGGAAUGAAACUAUGGACUCUUUAUUAGAUAACGCUUAUCAGUAUGGACGAGAAGGCAUAUCUAAGGCCGUAAAAAGUAUAGUAAAAGACGCCGAUUCAGCUCAAUCAGAAAAAUUGGAAAAACAAAUUUUGGAACUGUGGGACCGUAUAUACCAAUCGUGGAUGAUGAAAAACGAUAGUAUGGGACCCAAAGUUACGGAAGACGCAGUUAUGACGUCGUGGCAAGCGUUUGUUAACGACAUACAAAAAUCACCAGAAAUCUUUAACAUCAAUGGAAUAGUCGUCUUUGCCAAACAAAACGUGGGCACUCUGAUGUCACUUCUCGAAUCGAUAUGGAAAAUACUUAUAGGAAACUUAAGUUUAGUGGUACGCUCGUUUACCACAUGCGUAUCGAUCGUGUUAGGUGGUGGAACUGCCGUUCUUAAUUUCAUAUUGAAUUUGGUAGUGUUCUUAACAACCCUGUUCUACUUAUUAAACUCGAGCGAAAACAACUACAAACCGGUGGAGCUAAUGACGAGAUUCUCUCCAAGUGGCAAACGAUUUGGACACGCCCUAGAAGCUGCCAUAAACAGCGUUUUCUCAGCGUCUCUUAAAAUGGCAGCCUUUUAUGGCAUGUGGACUUGGUUUAUACAUAAUUUAUUUGGGGUACAAAUCGUUUACUUGUCUUCAGCAUUCGCCACAAUUUUGGGCGCCAUUCCGUUUUUGGGCACCUACUGGGCCUGCGUUCCAGGAAUAUUGGACUUAUGGCUGUCUCAAGACAGGUGGAUAGCAGCAAUUUUGUUUGCUGGAUUCCAGUUUUUACCCACCUCUAUAGUGGACACGACGAUUUAUAGUGAAAUAAAGGGAGGUCAUCCAUACCUAACAGGCCUUGCUAUAGCAGGCGGUAUAUUCUGCCUAGGAGUAGAGGGAGCUCUAAUAGGCCCUCUAUUACUUUGUGGUCUCUAUGUGGCUAUAGAUUUAUCUUCCAACCUAUUCAAAGAAUCCCCUACAGAUGAAGCAUUGAACUUGGGAUUGCAUUAGAGAGAUUUAUUUUCCUUUUAAAUCCUGUUGUGUACUCUGUGAUUUAGUUUUUUGAUACUUGUAAGAAAUGAGGCUGUAUUUCAAAUAAAACUUUUUAAAACUUAAAACAUUCUUAACUGUGAAUUUAUUGGUUUAAUUAUUUAUAAUUUGAAAUUACUAGGCUAGCGUAAGGUUAUUUAUUUCUUUAUUCUGUUAGUUACUUUUUUGUAUUUUUGUAUGUGAGUAAGUAAUGAAAGCUUUAUUAACUGUUGCUGAAUAAAACAAUGAAAUUA